AAUAUACUCCCCAAUUCAAUGGUUUAGAAACCCUAGACGUCACCGCGCGCUUGCUGCCUUCGCGAGUGCUGUCUUCCUGCUCAUCGUCUCCGGCGGCCCUCUCCAGUCUCACCGUCGCCGUCUCUCGUCACCUUUCUCUCGGCGCUCUUUGCCUUUCUGAUCACGAGCCACCUCCACUGUCUCCGGUCGUACCGAGCUCGAAAACCUCCCUCAAAAAUACGAUUUUGUUUGUAUUUGUGAGAGCUUUAGUGCCAAUCUCUUUGUCGCUUGAAUCCGCCAUGAAACCAUUCCUAAAUCUCGCGAAGAAGCGGAAGAAGAAAGAUAAGCCUGAGAAGCAACGCCCGGAUCGAGAGGACGACUCUCAGAAGCCAACAAUGGAGUCCUUAGAUCGUUCCCAAGACGCCGUAACGAAAAUCCAGAAGAAGAAGAAGAAGAAGCAGAAGGUGGAGCGAGAACAUGGCGAGAAGAAGAAAGAGAGGAAAAAUAAGGACGUAAUCACGGAUGAGAGAUUUGCAUCUAUGCACUACGACCCGAGGUUCCAGAGGAUGCCCAAGAAGGAAGCGAAGGUGGUGGUGGACUCGCGCUUUUCGAGUAUGUUCACUGAUGAGAAUUUCGCGAAGUCUUCCGCGCCAGUGGAUAAGCGGGGCAGGAAGAGGAAAGGCAAGGGUGUUAAUCCGUUGCUGCAUUACUAUCUCCAAGAGGAGGAGCCGAAGGUCAAGGAAGAAGAUGAAAGAGAAAGCAGCGAAGAGGAAUUUGAGAAGCCAGAAAGUGUAGAUCAUGAGAGUUCUUCAACCGGUGAGGAUGAUGAUGACGAUGAUGAGUACUCAGUGGAUAGUGAAAUAUGUCGGUAUUUAACAGCUAACCUUGAGGGUGCACCACAAAUUGAAAAUGAAACUCAUAGGUUGGCUGUUAUGAACAUGGAUUGGGAUCAUAUCAAGGCGGUGGAUAUAUAUGUUGUGAUGAAUUCAUGUCUACCAAAAGGGGGGGAAAUUUUGUCAGUGGCUGUUUAUCCAUCCGAGUUUGGUCUCAAGUGCAUGGAAAUAGAAGCAGUUCAUGGACCAUCUGCUCUUAUCGACUCCAAUGAAGGAGAGAGUGAUGAUGAAGCUGAGAUUGACAAUGAAAGAUUGCGUGUUUAUGAAUUGAAUAGGCUAAGGUAUUACUAUGCCGUUGUAGUUUGUGAUUCAAGUGCUACUGCAAACCACAUAUAUAAAACACUCGAUGGCACUGAGCUUUUAAAGACAUCCAAUGUGUUUGAUUUGAGGUUCAUUCCUGACUCAAUGGAGUUCAAGCAUCCUCCUCGUGAAAUCACCAUCGAGGCACCAACAAGCUAUAAGGAGCCAGAAUUCCAUACCCGUGCUUUGCAGCAUAGCAAAGUCAAACUUUCUUGGGAGGAAGAUGAACCACAACGCACAAAGUUAUUGAGAAGAAAGUGCAAUCCCAACCAGCUGGAUGAAUUCAAAGACUAUCUCGCUUCCACUGAUGAAGAUAGUGAUGAGGAUGAUGAAGAACAUGGUGCUGGUGGGAAUGGUGAAGCCAAAAGACUAUUGGAAAUAGAGAAAUUCCGUGCUCUUUUGCAGUCCAAGUCAGGCAAUGGAUCAGAUUCAGAUUCAGAUAAAGAUGAUGGCAAAGACAUGGAGAUAACCUUCAAUACAGGUCUGGAGGAUCUAAGCAAGCGCAUUCUGGAGAAAAGAGACAAGAAGUCUGAGACUGUCUGGGAGACGGUUCUUAGGAAAAGAAAGGAAAAGAAAGCAGCGAGGAAGAAGAGAUCCAAAUACUCUUCUGAUGAUGAAAGCAGUGAUUUUGAUGCUCAAGAAACUGAUGAACAGCCUGAUGAUUUCUUUAUGGAAGAAGAACUCAUGGAUGUUGAUGCCAAUGCCAGUGAGAAACACGUUAAGGUGUCAAAGAAAGGCGGUAAAAAUAAGCAAGGAAGGAAAGAACAGACUCCGGAAUUGGCAAAGGAACGAGAAGCGAGUAAAGCAGAACUUGAGUUACUGUUUGCUGAGGACCAAGGUGCCGAUAGUGCUCCGAAGGGCUACAAUCUAAAACCUAAGAAGAAGGUCAAAGGGAAGAAAGGGAAGAAGGAAGAGCUUAUUGAUGAUAAGUUACCUACUAUUGAUUACAGUGAAGACCCACGUUUCUCAGCUAUGUUGAAUAAUCCUAUGUUUGCGUUGGACCCAACCGAUCCUCAAUACAAAAGGAGUGCGCCCUAUGCACGGCAAAAACUACAGAAACAGAGCAAGGUGGAUAUGAAGGACUCGAUUGUUGAAGAAGUUCCUAUCCGGAAAGAAGAUGAAGUUUCUCUCCCAUCUUCGCGGAAAAAAGAGUAUGAAUUCUCGGCAACAGUUAGAUCUCUCAAGAGAAACAUCGGCACCUUUAAGAAACAACGUUAAAUUAAAUGUUGUUCACACUGAAAAUUUUGUUGUACUUUUUUGGUUGUGAUUGUCUAGAGUCUCUGGACAACAUUUUUGUGCAUUGUGACUUGAAAAUUUUCCACCAAAAUGAUGAUCCAUAAAUGAAUUAA